AUGUUAUCUGAUGAUCCACUACAACCACCAUCGCCACCACCAUCCACAACAGCAUCAACUGCAUCGUUUCAAUUACUCUCAGCGUGUGCAGGCAAACAAAAACGUCGACAACGUCACGAUUCGAAUACCACCGAUAGUUCAUCGUCUCAAACAGUUAUCCGUCGUACAACCGCCUGGCGAUAUGUAAUUGUCUUUGGAUCAUUUGGUGUUCAUUUCGUUGCCGACGGUCUUCUUUUUUCAUUUGGUAUUCUUAUGCAUACAAUCAAAGAUGAUUUAAAUCUCGGAUUACAUACUGUCGGCAUUAUAGCGUCGUUGUUUGUUAGUUUACCUCUCCUCUUAGCACCGCUAUGUAGUGCAUUAGUCAAUAAAAUUGGUUGUCGUAUUAUGACUAUGCUAGGUGGUGUACUUUGUUCUCUUGGGUUAGUUUUUGCUUCAGUUUUCGGUAAUUUUACGGGCGCAUUGAUUGGCAUUGGAAUAACCUGUGGCAUAGGGUUAUCGUGUGUUUAUGUCCCGGCAGUUGUCAUUGUGGCACAUUACUUUGAUGAGAAUCGUGCUAUAGCAACAGCUGUUGCUGUCGGUGGAACAGGCCUUGGCAAUGCGGUUGUGGCACAAGUUAUUCACAUAUUAAAUGAUUACUACAGCGAUUGGCGAGACACGACUCUGUUCUUAUCGGGUAUAAUGUUCACUAUUGUGCUGUUUGGAGCACUUUUUCGUCCUGCUGAAUUUGCAUUUCAUAUAAAAGAUAAAAACUAUCACCAUACGAUGAACGAUAUGCGUUUACCACCAUCAUGUAUGACAUCGAUGGAAAAAUUACAACGGUUCAUCAAUGAGAUGGAUAAGCAAUGUGCGUUACGCCAUGCAAAUCAAUCUGUCAGUAUCUCAAUGUCGAAUAAUGAACGAAUCUCCACAAUUAACGACGACAAUGAUUCGAUAUCCAUUGCGAAUGAAUCCGAUCUUUUCGAUUCGUAUUCAGCUGAUGAUAUCACGGAUAUUCAACAUGAAAAUAGCCCGAAAAUAGAUAUGGUCACCUUUCGCGAAAAGAUCUCCAACGACAGAACUUUCAUCAAUGAACGUUGGAAGAAAAUAACGAAAAGGCAAGGUGAAGCCGGAACGAAUUUGAAAUCAUUUCGCAUGCCUAAUUUCCGUUACUUAAUAUCAAAUAAGACUAAAGAACGAAACAAUGCAUUAGUUGUGCCAAAUCAAAACAAAAAUCCAUUAAUCGAUAAAAUAAAUUCAACAACGCAUCAUCUUGGACAUCAUGGUCGUGAUCGACCAAUACCAGUUGUUGACGAGCUAAAACACAAUAAUAUCUCACCAGCAAUACCAUUUGAAGAUGCUAUGCCGAAGAAAGACUCGAUUCUCAAAACAGAGCACAUCGAUUUAUUACCCAUAGCGAACAAAGAUACGCUUGCACCUGGUCGCCCUUCGGUUCGGUUUCGUUCACUUGCAACGGCAAAACAAGCGCAACAUCUUCUACAAGUUUACUAUCAACCAAUCAAUCAAAAGGAUAUUUUCUAUCCGGGUAAUGUGCCAAUAAAAUUAUCGGAGAAAAAGCAAGCGUUAUCCGCGACAAGUUGCCCUGAUUUAACUCAAUCGUAUGUUUACGAAGAAUCAGCAACAUCGAUAUCGAGCUCAUCGUCGGAGUCCGAUGAUGAAGAUAGAUCGGGAGGACCUCGUCAGCGACGUCAUCGAUUGCUUUUCUAUCGAAAAGGUUUAUCAUUUCUUCAUACAUUACGUCGAAUGUUAGGUUUACAAUUAUUCCGUGAUUAUCGUUAUAUAUUGAUUUUUAUCUCACAAUUUCUUUUCUAUUUAUUCUACGAUUUAAUCUAUUUAUUUCCAGUUGAUUAUGGAGAAACAGUAAUUGGCUAUUCAAAAUCGCAGAUGACAAUGCUAGUGACUAUUCUUGGUAUCGGCCAAUUUUUCGGUCAACUCUUCUUCGGUUUUAUAGCAAACUAUUCAGCUAUUGACGAACUAAUCCUCUACAAUAUCGGUGCAAUACUUUGUAGUGUUGCUAGUUGCCUGAUCCCAUUCGUUGCUUACUCAUACCCCGCAUUAGUAUCGACUAUUCUCCUCUUUGGAUUAGCAGUCUCAGCUAAUUAUGCAUUGACAUCCAUUAUACUUGCUAACAUGUGUGGUUUAGAAUUGUUAACAUCAGCUUACGGACUGAUCUUACUUGGACAAGGACUUUCCUCGUUAUUUGGGCCAGUUAUGGGAGGUUGGAUUGCUGAACGCUAUAGUUAUAUAGCAUCGUUAAUUAUCGCUGGAAUUUUCAUGGGUUUAUCUGGUUGUGUGACAAUAGUAUUGUAUAUAGUACAAUUUAUAAAGAAACGGAAAUCAGAUAAAACAUCAGGUGGGAAAACGAUCAAAACCAAUACGACGAUGAACACGUCAGAUAGUGAACAGUGA